AUGACUGAUGAGGCUUUAUCUUUCAGAUUCGGGCGAGUCAUAAAAGUCCAGCCAGACGGUCCAAUGGGUCAGUCGACGGACACAUUAAAUACACCACUCGAAUGUGGUGAAAUGGGGUCAAUUCUCAUCGCUGUGAAGGCUCCAUAUGAGUGUCAGGAGAUUUCCACACUGCAGCGACGGAUGCUAAUUUAUCCCGCAUUCUUUUCUUACAACAAACGUAUUUAA